CUCGUCUCUUCCGCCAGCCCUUUUCCCCUCUGCCUCUGUAUUGCGAUAAAAGAAAAUCUCUCUCUCGCCUUCCGUUCUGCAACACAUCUCAAACAUGUCUUGCUACAAGGGCAAAUACCAUGAUGAACUUAUUGCCAAUGCUGCCUACAUUGGCACCCCCGGAAAGGGUAUCCUUGCUGCUGAUGAGUCCACUGGGACUAUUGGCAAGCGUCUAUCCAGCAUCAAUGUUGAGAACGUUGAGUCUAACAGGCGGGCACUUCGUGAACUUCUCUUCUGCACUCCAGGUGCUCUCCAAUACCUCAGUGGUGUGAUUCUCUUUGAGGAGACCCUCUACCAGAAGACUGCCGCUGGUAAGCCUUUCGUCGAUGUCAUGAAGGAAGCUGGUGUUCUUCCUGGCAUCAAGGUCGACAAGGGUACAGUUGAGCUUGCUGGGACCAAUGGUGAGACCACCACCCAGGGGCUUGAUGGCCUUGCCCAACGCUGCCAGAAGUACUAUGAAGCUGGUGCCCGGUUUGCCAAGUGGCGUGCCGUGCUCAAGAUUAGCCCAACUGAGCCAUCUCAAUUGGCCAUCAAUGAGAAUGCCAAUGGAUUGGCACGUUAUGCCAUCAUCUGCCAGGAGAAUGGCUUGGUUCCAAUUGUUGAGCCAGAAAUCCUUGUGGAUGGUCCUCACGACAUUAACAAGUGUGCCGAUGUAUCCGAGCGUGUUCUUGCAGCCUGCUACAAGGCACUGAAUGACCACCAUGUCCUGCUAGAGGGGACUUUGUUGAAGCCCAACAUGGUGACCCCUGGAUCAGAGUCAAAGAAGGUAGCCCCAGAGGUUGUAGCUGAGUACACCGUGAGGACCUUGCAGCGCACAAUGCCUCCAGCAGUCCCUGCUGUGGUGUUUUUGUCUGGUGGACAGAGUGAGGAGGAAGCAACUCUGAAUCUGAACGCCAUGAACAAGUUUCAAGGUAAGAAGCCAUGGACUCUAACAUUCUCCUUUGGACGUGCCCUGCAGCAGAGCACACUCAAGGCAUGGCAAGGGAAAGAAGAGAACGUGGACAAGGCACAGGCUGCUUUCCUCAAGAGGUGCAAGGCAAACUCAGAAGCAACCCUUGGUGUCUAUAAGGGUGAUGCUGGAGAGGGAGAAGGUGUCUCUGAGAGCCUCCAUGUCAAGGACUACAAAUAUUGAUGAAGUUUUGGGUCCUCACCUUAUUUUUAACGAUUAUUAAAAUAGGAAAAGAGGAAAUGGUGAGCAAUGUCGUCCUCUUUUUAGGGAGGGGUAAAGAGGUUUCUUUCUUUUGUUUAAUUGAGUUUGGUAAGAGACAGUGAAGGAAUAAGUUUGUAGGGUAUUUUGCUUGUUUGAACUUGUUUAUCCUUUGUGGUUUUGUUACUUUGUGAUGGCCUCUACCUUUUGGCAAAAUUGGUGGUAGUAAAUAACAUUGAGUUUGCUAA